GCCUCCGCGUCCUGGGUCCCAGACAGGGAGACAGACAGACAGACAGACGGACAGAGAUGUAGGGAGCCAGACGCGGAGGCAUCAACAGGGAAGGAGGUGGAGACAGAGAGUCCGAGGUUGACGGGGACGCCGACGGGGACCGCGGGCCCCUCCCCGCCUGCCCGGCCGGCCGUCCCUCCCGCGGUCCCACCCCAUCCGUGGCGCUGCCGCCCCGCCAGGCGGGGGCGCGGAGGAGCAUGUUCCUGAGCGCGGGCGAGGGGCCGGCGGCGGAGGGCGGGGCCCCGGGGCCGGGCGAGGAGGCCCCCAAGAAGCAGCACCGGCGCAACCGUACCACCUUCACCACCUACCAGCUGCACCAGCUCGAGCGGGCCUUCGAGGCCUCCCACUACCCGGACGUCUACAGCCGCGAGGAGCUGGCGGCCAAGGUGCACCUGCCCGAGGUGCGCGUGCAGGUGUGGUUCCAGAACCGCCGGGCCAAGUGGCGCCGCCAGGAGCGUCUGGAGUCCGGCUCCGGGGCCGUGGCAGCCCCGAGGCUCCCCGAGGCCCCAGCCCUGCCGUUCGCCCGCCCUCCGGCCGUGCCGCUGCCCCUGGAGCCCUGGCUGGGCCCCGGGCCCCCUGCCGGGCCGGGCCUGCCACGCCUCCUGGGCCCCGGCCCCGGGCUGCAGGCGACCUUCGCACCCCAUGCCUUCGGGCCCGCCUUCUCUGACGGCUUCGCGCUGGAGGAGGCGUCGCUGCGGCUGCUGGCCAAGGAGCACGCGCAGGCGCUAGACAGGGCCUGGCCCCCGGCCUGAGCCGUCCGCCCUGUCACCAGGGCCUGCGACCUCCCGGGGACAGCGGCCACAGCCUGGUCACAGAGCGGCCCGGCCACCAGACCAGACCGCUGCUGCAGAGCAAGGCUUGG